CCCACCCCCCAUCCCCCUUUCCUGAGCUGCAGUUCUUCAUCUGUAGCGUGCCCACACUAACUCCUCAGUGGAACUGUUGAGAGGACUCGGUGAGAAGACAUGCAAAGUGUAGAGGUGGGAUGAUGUGGAGACGCUGUCCCUUCAACACAAGACCCUACUGAUCUAUACCUUUAGCCCACCGCCCCUCCACAAUUCAGAGCGCCCCUGGCCACCCAUGAAACUCCUGUAUUGGCUGGAACCAGCCUGUGUUCUAGAAUCUUGUCUCCUAAAUGUCCUCCUGGUUCUAGAAUCCCACUGCUAUUUGAGACGGCACACUCUAGAAGCAGAGGGGUCAGCUGCUCUUCCUGGGCGUCGUCUGCUCACUCAAGCUCCACCGACCUGAGUCUGUGCUGCUGCCAGGAUGCGAUGGCGGGACCGUAUUGCUGUGCUCUUCCUCCCGAAAGGCAUGAUGCUCACCGUGGCUGCACUGCUGCUCUUCCUUAUGCACCUAGGCAUCUUUGCCAGUGACGUGUACAACUUCUGCUACACCUACCACUACGACCGCAUGAGCUUCCGCUACACAGUUGUCCUGAUGUUCUCCAAGGUGAUCAGCAUCUGCUGGGCCGCCAUGGGGUCACUCUACGCUGAGAUGGAAGAUUACAAUGCUCAACGGAACCAUGUUCUUCAACCGCCUGUCCCUGGAGUUUCUGGCCAUGCAGUACCGGGAGGAGAGCCACUAAGGCUGGGGAAUUGGGUUGCAAAGGGGGAAGGAAAAGGAGGCUUUGGGAAUUUUAAUAAAGUCUGCCAUUUAUUUCCACCUGUCAGCUCCCUCAUGGGUUGGGGGUGGGAGGCCAGAGACCCAGGGGAAGCAGGUCCAGACAGACACUUGAUCUGCAAGGACCCCAGGCCCAGCCUACAGCCACUCUAGUGGACUCGGCUUUGGGUCU